AAAAUAUCCAUCCUCAAGGUGUAAAACACGCACGAGUUGGUGAUGAUAGUUCAUUUGUUCCUCAUAAAGGGAUUUCCUUCAGAGGAAUUGUUUCAGGAUUCCUCAAUAUACCGUCUUUGGUGGAUAUUACAAAUGCUCAACGAGUUUCUGAUAGAAGUGAGUCCCAUUCGACCAAUGACAAUACCAUCUUGGAAUCCAAGGCAAAGUCUCCCAAUAUAACUCAUGUAAAUACUAAUGAAAUCGGUUCUUUCAGUGGUGGAGAUAAUGAAAUCAUGCAAGACAGUAAUCAUCUUACACGCAUCCCUCACGAUGAUGAAUUCCUACCAUCCAGUUCUACGUGUACUUCUAUCAAAGAAAGUGGUUUAAGAAGAUCAAUUCCUUCAAGAACUUUUGAUCAAGAUCUUGAAGACACACCACAUUCAUUAGUAUUAGAUGAAUCCGAUAUUGACGAAGAUGACGUAGAUGAUGAAUGUGUAGACUAUGAAGAACUUCCGAGCAUAACAAAUGCAUCGAAAGAGUAUUGGGAUAUUGAUGACCCAGUAUAUAGUUGUCCACAUUGUGGAGCAAAUUUUUGGUUUGAAGAGAGAAUUGAAUCAAUAUCUUCAAAGAAAAAUCCAAAAUAUUCUUUGUGUUGCUCACAUGGGAAAGUCCGGCUAGCGUGCAUGAAAGAACCUCCUUUGGUAUUAUGUGACCUAAUUGGCGGUGGAGACCAGAGAAGCAAACAUUUUCUUGAAAAUAUUAGGUCAUAUAAUAGCAUGUUUGCUUUCACCUCAAUGGGAGGUAAAAUAGAGUGCAAUAUCAAUAAGGGAAAAUCUCCUCCGAUCUUCAAGCUUCAUGGUCAAAACUAUCACUUGAUUGGAAGUUUACUACCAAUAGAGGGAUCAAGGCCUAAAUUUGCCCAAUUAUACAUUUACGAUACUGAAAAUGAGAUCGAAAAUAGAAUGUCAUCUGUGAG